AUGGCAUAUCUCACCGAACAGUGGAACAAAUCUUUACAUUGUUUUGGAGAAAGGCCGCAAAUUUUAGUUAGUAUUUAUGCAAAGAAUCGCUGGUCGGUGGAGACUACACUUGGAUACUGCUGGGGUCAUCUUCCAAUUAUUGGGUCAGAUGUAGCAAAAACAACACAACCAAUUCGGAUUCCCAAAGACUCAACUAUUAUGGGUGAACUCUCAAAUUGGAUCACUUCAAGAAAUGCAGAAUUGAAAAAUCCUAAAGUACUUCUUGAUAGUUAUGAGAACAAAGAACUGAUAUCGAUGGAAAAGAACGGUGAACUGAAAUUAAAUUUGCGAACACUUUGUCGAGGAACAAAUGAAGAUUGCAGUGAGCCGUAUGGAAAGGAUCAUCAUAAGUUAACAAAAAGGCUUUAA